GGCACUUCAAAACGUUGUAGUAUUUGCUGGAAACAUCGCUGUGACCAUCGGGAUUAUGGAAAAUGUUUUAACUGCGGAGAACAAAACAUUGAAUAUGAUUGGUGUCAAAGCCGCAAACAACUAG